AUGAGUGUGACCUUGAAGAAUAACUUUGAAGUCCUGUACAACAGAUACAGUGUGUUGGGCACCAAGGGCAUUGGGUCAGGGCGAUAUUACUGGGAAAUAAGAGUCAGUGAUGAAUACACAAGCAAGUGGGGUGUGGGGGUUUGUAGGGAAGAUGUGGAUAGGAAAGCGUGGUUAAGACAGUGCCCAGAAAAGGGGUUUUGGGUUGUGGAAUAUUUUUACGAUAGCUAUUAUGCCUGCACUGCUCUUAAUAAAAGAACAACAGCUUAUACAUACCCAGGUCUUAGAAAGGAUUCCCCCCACUUAGGGGUUUUCCUGGACUACAAUGGUGGGGAUGUCUCCUUCUACAACAUGACUGAUGGGUCUCAUAUUUUCUCAUUCUCUCAGGUUUCCUUCACUGGGACCCUCUUUCCAUAUUUCAUGAUUAGGUCAGGAACCCCAUCCCUCACUAUCUGUUCCAUGGUAGGUGGGCCCAAGGGAACACCUGUGCUUCUUAACAAAUUGCCUUCUUCUCUGAAUGAGCAAAUGAGUCCUCCAGAGGAGGGGUUGAGAUCUGGCUCUGGUGGUGAGGAUGUUCUCCCAGGGGUUGAAUCUCCAUUACUCCCCUCUGGCCCCAGGAUUGUGCCCCCAUAA